GGAAACGCCAUUGGUUCCGCGACUCGCGCAAGGCCCUUCUCGCGAGAGCUGAAGCCUCGCGUGAGGAGACGGGCGGCGCGUCGAGAAAGCGCGCUUGCGGCUUCCGGCUUCCGGCGUCGUGUGUCGGUGUGAGGAGGGCGGCCGUGAGGCGCGGCUGGCGCCAUGUUCCUGACCGCGCUCCUGCGCCGCGGCCGCAUCCCCGGCCGGCAGUGGAUCGGGAAGCACCGGCGGCCGCGACCCGUGUCGGCGCAGGCGAAGCAGAACAUGGUCCGCCGCCUGGAAGUCGAGGCGGAGAACCACUACUGGCUCAGCCGGCCUUUCCUCACGGCCGAGCAGGAGCGGGGCCACGCGGCGGCCCGCCGGGCGGCCGCCUUCCAGGCGCUCAAGGCGGCGCAGGCGUCCAAGUUCCCCGCGUCCCGGCGGCUGGAGGACCAGCUCGGCCACCUCAAGGUCACCGGGAAGUGGUCCUGACCCGCGCCACGCCGCCUGCGUCCUGCGGCGACGAGCGGGAGCCUCUGGCCGGAGCCCCACGGAGCCCCGGCCAAGCCGAGCGAGUGCCUGCGACGGAGGCCCCGGGCCCGCGCUCCCCACCGCCCGCAGUGUGUUUCGGUCGGAUCGCGUCUCCCUUCUCUUGUCCUGAGGACGGAACGGACGGCGCCUGCGUCUUACGGGAUGCGGAACGCAACCUGCGCGCAGCCGCAAUAAAGCUGCCGACCGCGCUCUGGCCUCUGGGCCUCGGUGCGAGAUUCUGCCGAGGGCUUUGCCGUGCAUGCUCGCUUACCUUCUGCCGACAGGUCGUGCCGCGGACAUGAAAAAAAUCUACUUUUCCAGUUAAACGCGCUCCUAAAAAUAGCGGUUUCUGGUGAGAUUUGCUCCAAAAAUUGGACAAUUGGACAUAGUCUAUUUUGGGGGACUUCCCCCGGAACUAAGACCCUUAAGCCAGGCGGCGCAGCCAAAAAACAAACCAGACAAACAAUAGUCUGUUUAAAAAAAAUCAGGUUGUCACCUCAGUAUUGAAAUUUAAGGAUGAUUUAUGUGUUUUGGAUAUGAGUCCUUUUUCAGGUAUUCUUUUUCCAGUGUUCGACUUUUCAUUCUUUUAACAGAAUGGCUUUCAAAGAAUGGAAGUUCUUAGGUUUGAUGAAGGGGACAAUUGAAAAUUGUUCAAUAAAAGCUAAAUUAAAACGUU